AUCGUACGACCGCGAUCGCGACGUCGUGACCAACGUUUGAUUGAACUGAAUUCAAAACUAUUUUAGGGCACAUAGACUGCGAAAUUGCGAAACCAGUGGUAGCCCCACUUGUAGACGUACUGUUUACUCACAAGCAAGUCGUCACAACUGCGCCUGCUUCCCAUUAGUAUUAAAUUUAAGACCACAAUGUCAAAAAUAAGUUUUGCGAUAUUAUUUAUUUACGGUAUCCUCGCUCAGAAUUCUUUGGGUUUAUCGCCGGUUAUCUUAAUACCCGGGGACGGCGGCAGCCAGUUAGAAGCGAAGUUAAAUAAGACCUCAGUAGUUCAUUACAUAUGCGCCAAGACAUCAGCUGAUUAUUUCAAUAUUUGGCUGAAUUUGGAGUUGCUAGUGCCAUUUGUGAUAGACUGUUGGGUGGACAACUUGAAGUUGGAGUACGACAAUGUGACGCGGACCACUCGGAACCCUGCGGGCGUCGACGUGCGCGUCCCGGGCUGGGGCACCCCGGAGCCCGUGGAGUGGCUCGACCCCUCGCAUGAAAAGUCCGGGGCGUACUUCAACAGCAUUGCUGAUGCUCUUGUCAAAAUAGGAUAUGUCAGAAAUGUGUCCAUUAGAGGGGCACCUUAUGAUUUUCGUAGAGCACCAAAUGAGAAUGCAGAGUUCUUUGUCAAACUAAAGACCCUAGUGGAAGAUGCCUACAACACCAACAACAAGACUUCUGUGACGCUGCUGGUGCACAGCAUGGGCGGGUCCAUGGCACUGCACUUCCUGCGGCUGCAGACGCAGGCGUGGAAGGACCAGUACAUCCGCCGACUGGUGUCGCUCUCCACACCCUGGGGAGGAGCGGUCAAGGCACUUAAAACAUUUGCCAUUGGCGACGACCUGGGGUCGCGCGUGUUGCGCGAGAGCGUGCUGCGCGCGCAGCAGGUCACGUGCCCGUCGCUGGCGUGGCUGCUGCCGUCCCGGCUGUUCUGGAAGCCGCAGGAGGUGCUGGUGCAGACCGACAAGUACAACUACACCAUCAACGACCUGCAGAAACUGUUCACCGAUAUGAACCUGCCGAACGCGUGGGAGAUGCGCAAGGACACGGAGCAGUUCACGACGGACUUCAGCGCGCCGGGAGUGGAGGUGCACUGCGUGUACGGGUACAACAUCUCCACCGUCGACAGGCUGGUGUACGCGGCGGGCACGUGGCUGGACGGGCGCCCGACGCUGGCGCCGGGCGACGGCGACGGCACCGUGAACCUGCGCUCGCUGGCGGCGUGCGCGCACUGGGCCCGGCGCCGCCGCGGGCGCACGCUCAACGGCAAGCCGGUCGAGGCGCUGCCGCUGCCCGACGCCGAGCACCUCACCAUCCUGCACGACCCGCGCGUGCUCGACUACAUCACCACCGUUAUGCGGCACCCGUAAAUUGACAAUCUAA